AUGGGGGUGCCGAAGGAAAAUUUGUUCGGUGUCGACUAUCUUGGGCCGAACAAGAUUACCGAGCGGGAGAUUGCCAAAUAUCGAGCGGAAUACCGCAUUCCGGACUCGGUUCGAAUGAGGAUCCCGGGCCCUACAGAAUCCCUUAGCAAGCCGAAGGACGGUGAGGUGGUUUUCUUUACCGACGUCCUUGUUCAAGGCGUUCGGCUGCCGUUGCAGCCGGCGGUACAGAGGAUUUUGGCUCAGAUCGGCUAUGCUCCGGGGCAAUUUAACCCGAACUUCUGGGUGGCCCUCAUGGGAGUGAUAACGGCCUUCGGCAUGGCCGGUGAAGGGUAUCCAUCCUACGAGCAGUUCUCGCACCUAUACAGUAUCACUAAGUCCAAGUGUGCCGAUCACGGUGGAUGGGUGCAGGCGAACUGUCUCAAGGCUACCGAGCGUGGCCACUUUGUUAGCUGGGUACCGACUUCUCAGAAGUCAUGGAGGAAUCGGCGGGUGCUCCUUUCGGGUGACUGGGAGUCGCCUUCGGGACAGCCUGUCCGAUUUUCAAUUCCCAGAACAUUCCAAAUAGCCGCCGAUCGCAACGCAAGCAGAGAUUCAGCAAGUGGAGAGGGUGAAGAGCAAGGUCCCUACCGAGAAGAGGGUGUAUCCGCAGUUUCUCUUCACCGCCAACUGAUCCAAGCUCAGCUGGUCGAUCCUACCGAGAUGACGGAAGAGAGGAGAGCUGCCGAGGCUAAGAGGAUGAAUGAGUCCUCCAAGCGGCGUCUCAUGAUGGGCUUCCAGGGGAAGAAAAAGAAAAGCCAGCAGCAAGAAACGGUACUGGCGUCCUCGGUAGAAGCCGACCGCGAGGACCAAACCCUGGCUGACCGUCUCCGCCAACUCAACGCUGACUCGGCGCAGGCUGGGGCGGCUGCGGUCGUCCGUCUCCAGGCCGAGUGUUCCUACGAGGGGACCUCCUCCCGAGCGGCCGGCAAGCGGCCGUUCACCGUCGACCUGGAUGCCGAACCUGCCCGAAGCGCGGGCGGCAGACUGAGCCUCCUCGGGCCAUCUUUGCCGCUGAUAACGACGAGGAGCCUGCCAACCCCGUCACCUUGGCCUGUUCGUCGAAGACGGUCAGUUUGCGAACCACAUGAUCCUUGGUUCGCAAAUGGAGCUUACGAGAUCGAAGAGCUGCCGAAGAAGCUCCUUCGGGAGGAGGCGGGUCGCGCUUUCCGCUUUCAAGCUUCGGCCUCGAUGGAUAUGUGGCUGUGCGUUAAGCAAGCCAUCAAUGCUGCCGAGAAAGCGAAGAAGGCCUACGAGGACGGUAGGGCCAGGGUUGCCGAGGCUGGCAAGGCUAUCCAGGACCAUGCCAACUUGGCGAAGGAUUUGCAGGCUGCCGAACGGCAGGUCAGGGUUUAUGAGUCUAAGUUCGCCGAUCUGUCGGCAGCCCUGGAGUCGGCGCGGCUAUCGGCAAGAGAGGCUCUGGAGGCGAAGGAGGCCGUCGAGGUGGCUUUGGAGGAGUCGGAGCGGGCCAAGGCUUCGGAGAUCGAGGCUGCUGUCCAGGAGGCUAUCCGGAAGUACCGUCAUUCUUCCGAUUUCUCCACCUUGCUCGACAAGGAGGUGGGCUCGGAGAUGGUGGAUCUUAUCUACUGUUUUAAGCGGUACAACCCUGGGACGAAGCUGAAUUUGAAUUUUAUUGCCGAUCCCCCUCCCCUUCCCGAAGGCGUCACGGAAGAAAUGAUAGAUGAGUAUGAAGGGGAGGACGCUCCGGGAGAGCAACUGCCACUGGUACCGAAGAGGCGAUGCCGAGGAGGCUACUUGACAGCUCUCCAUCCUCGACAGAAAGUUUUGUACGCUCUGCAAUGA